AUGGCCACAGGAGGUGAAGAAGAAGCAAUAGAACAGCGUAUAUUACGAAUUACAGAUAUUGUCCAGGAACCGCUUGAGUUUAUCGCACCCAUUGGGGGUUAUGAAGAAAUGCCACUUGUUUCACUUGAAGAAGCUGUCAAACCACUAGUUCCUAUUCUACCAACCGUUCAGAGUCACGCAUAUGUUGCCAAACAGCGAUGUACAAAUCCUGCCGAUGGAUUGACACAAGAUGAAUCCGCAUCAAUUAUGUUGUACACGAUGGGACCGAAGCCACUCGAUAAAUGCUUAUAUUUUGUUCUGAAUGAUACAUUACGAUCACCUGAGCGAGAACAAAAGCUGAAACCUUGGUAUCUUUAUUUGAGACUUUUCUUAACUGCACUCUUUCGUCUACCGCUGCUUCCCACAUACGCUUACAGAGGUGUUAAAUUAGAUCUGAGCAAACGUUAUAUCAAAGGAAAAACAAUCGUCUGGUGGGGUUUCUCAUCGUGCACAACUACUGUUGGUAUUCUGAAAUCACAACUAUUCUUGGGAACGACAGGUGACAGAACAAUAUUUAACUUAAACUGCCAAUCGACUAGAAAUAUUCGUAAGCAUUCAUAUUAUCCAACUGAAGAUGAAGUACUUCUAAUGGCUGCAACGCAAUUCGAAGUAGUCAGUUGUCUUGAUCAAGGUGAUCUUCACAUUAUUCAAUUGAAAGAAACUCAACCACCAUUUCCACUCUUACGACCAGUACCAGUUGUUGUUCCACCACCAAUCAAUCCAACUCUCCCAAGUAAGUAAAAACCAAAACAAAAGAAUAUUUUACUUCUUAAGUAAAGCUUCAAUUUUCGAUACUGCGAAAAAUAUCAAGGAUUAUAUUCUUUAAUUAAUGUUCGCAUCACAAAAAAUGAACAUAAAGAAUCAAUUUGCUACCCAUUUAAAAAAAACGGUUAAGAAGCGAAUUAAAAUCUAUUUAGUUUAAAAGAACAGAAAAAAAGAUUCUUCAUGACAAUUUUCCUUUAAAUUCAAUGGAAUCUUGAGUUUCAAAUAACAACUUUCACGAAAAGUCGAUGUUAUCCAAGUCAUCGAUUAAAUAUUUCAUUAACCUCAAGCAUUUUUCUGAUGUAUUUACUGAACUCUGUUUUCUGUUGUAAAACCAAUAUUAUCGAUUUAAGCUAAUUUUUUCUAGAACGAUAAAAAUCUCUUAAAGUUAUCUUCAUCUCUUAAACUUGAUUGAAAGAACAUGACAAUCGCUUGAAGUAUUUUCUUUAAAAGAUACUUCCCUUUCAUAUCCUAAAAUUUUCAGAUUUUCCGUUUUUCAUUUUUUUAUUGUUGAUAGAUAGAUUUAGUGCUGCUCAGCACUGAGCGUCAGUCUUCUGUUCAUCCGGAUCUAUGUUCACACUCAUAUAAUAUGAACAAAAGACUAACGGCAACAUUCUCUACUUCACAAAUGUUUGUUAUUGUAGAGCUCUUGCUUUCAGUUUUCUUACCAAGUUCUAUCGAACUAUUCUGAAGUAUAUGAACUCACUUCAUUAAUAAUGCGGACCUAAAACGAUCUUGCGAGAGAGACAUAACGUGAGUAUGUUGAUAGUCAAAGGCACAUCCAUACUAAAUGUGUGACAUUACUAGUCUAUUAUUAUUAGACUCUUUGCAAUUUCAUGACAUAGGUACUAUAUUUAUCAUCAUGUAAAUUAUUGCCUGUCUUGUGGUGUCUUCCACUAUAUUUGAUUCUAAUCGAUACUCUUUCAUACUGGAAAGUUCUCUUUAAGUUCAAGACCUCUUUCAACAUCCUGCAUGAUUGGCUUAGUGCUAGUCCGAUGUUUUUUCUAUCAUAUUACUCUUUAGAAAAACAGACAUAAGUUUUCCAUGCGAGCAUGCAUCUAAUGUAAUGCGUCGUUUUUGUGAAACACGAUUGUUAAUGAGUGUUGAACUAUAAAUAAGAAAGUCGGACCCUAUUCCUCGGCGUUCCGCUAUCCAGUAGUAUGUGACAAGCGUGUCAAAAAAAGCCUAGAUAUCAUAGCGAAAAGUGACCGACAUUGCAAUCUAGUGCUCCUUUUGCUCUAACCGCGGGCUGCAAUAGAAAUGGCGAUGACUGUCGUUCACCAUUAAAGUGGCUUCAUCGUGCUUCACAUGUUUAUCUUGCAGGGACCGUACUAAAAGCUUUAGUGAUAUGAAUCAAAUUAAUAUUUGUUUUGAAGAAAAACUUGGACGCUAUGUUUCAUCAUAAGAAGAAAGGGAGGACAAGAUGAGUCAAAAAGUGAUGAUAGAAUCUCCCAACAAUUUCUGAUAAAUGUAAAUCUGAUGUAUUAAUCAGGUAGUCAUCUAAACUUCUAGAUUUAUUUUUCGAACGGAGAGCUGUUUAGUUGACUAAUGCGAAAGAAAAUUAAAUCUAAAACCCUUAAUAAUGAGCGAAGUACGAUCGGAUGACAGUUCAUAUGAAGUAUCAACUUUUAAAUAGUCGCUCACAAGUCUGUAUCAAGACGAACUUGAGAAACGAAUUGUACGAAGCCAACUGCUAUCAUUCUGUGAUGGAUCAGACCAUUUGCACUUCUCUUAUGUAUCUCAUAUUAUCGUUCAUUUCUUCUCUUCCUUUUGCUUUUUCUUCUCUUUCUCUGUCUAUUUCUCUUUCGACUGAUGAGAUGGGAGAAGUAAGAAAGAAUUAAUUAGUAGGAAAAGCACUACUUGUUCGUGCACGAGUCUGUUUGUAAGUGUAGUUGCUUUAUAUCCCAGGUCAAUCAUUCCGAUCGUCGAAAACGGCGUCUUAUCCGACCUGAAUCAGCUAUAAAUGGUAUGGAUUUGGGCGUGGGUGUGGCUGUGGCUGAAGACAACACUAAUAUUCACACCCACCCCACCCCCAUCAACACCCACCCACACUCUUCCACACCCACACCCACACCCACACCCACACCCACACCCACACCCACACCCACACCCCA